GGAAGCUGUAGCGCUCAGCACGGAUGCUAACUUGAUAACAGUGUCGCCUCUCUUUGUCAGAGGAAAGACUUCCGUUUUCAUGUUUGGUCCAGGUUUCUGGAAUUUACUACCUAGUGAGACUCUGGGCUGUCUGUUGCAUUGAUAAACCACAGUAGUAAUUUGUUUUUUUGACGAAGAAGAAAGUAAAGGGUCCUUCAUUUCAACCUAUUGAGAGUUUGAUUCCGUCAUCCCGUUUUAUCCUUGAAAAACACGACUGUUUACCUAGCUAGCUGGCUAGCAUCAGCCAGCUGAGUUCAAUCACCUAGCAUGUUUCGGUACUUGAAUGACGUUGAUGACGACCCCUACAUGAUGGAUCCCUUUGCAGCUCACAGGCAGCAGAUGAGGGAUCUGUUUGGACCAUUUGGCAUGGACCCCUUUGCUCUUGCCCCCCAGAUUCAGCCACAUCGUGCACCACGCAGACAGGCUGGUACACUGGCCCCAUUUGGCAUGAUGGGAAUGCAGGGAAGAGGGUUCAUGGAUAUGUUUGGCAUGAUGGAAGAGAUGAUGGGAAAUAUGGAUAGAGUUACCGGUACACCAAACUGUCAGACGUUUUCCUCUUCGACAGUGAUCUCCUACUCCUCCUUAGACUCAGGGGCUCCUGCAGUUUAUCAACAGACCAGUGAAACAAGAACAGGCCCUGGAGGGAUCCGUGAGACGCGGCAGUCUAUGAGGGACAGCGACAGCGGCCUUGAGCGUCUGGCUAUUGGCCACCACAUUGGGGAGCGUGCACAUAUAAUGGAGCGUUCACGAAAUCGCCGCACUGGAGACCGCGAGGAUCGACAAGACUUUAUUAACCUUGAUGAGACUGAUGCUGCAGCAUUUGACCAUGAGUGGAGGAGUCAGGCAGGAAGAUACGUUCCCCCUAACGCCCGGGCGCUAGAGUACGGCCGAGAUCGACGUGCAGGAAGCCAGCAGCUGGCCCUGACUGCCCCCCCUAGCUCAACGACCCCACCAGGCCAUCGACAUGAGUCCCCCAGACACCGUCAGCCCCAACCCCGCCCACGUUACGACUGGUGAGAGGUGUCAAACCUUUGGGACCAGAAGGAAGGAGUCGAGGGAGGAUCUCCCUGAUGCUGUGAACAACGCUUGAGACGGAAGUUGAUGAUCGUCACGACUGCCCGUCGUAAAUGUUUGAUAUGACCGGACUGUCUUUACAUGAGCAUACACAUAAAGAAAAACCAAACCACAUACAAGUCAUUGUUACAUUAACAGCUCUAUUACUUCACUCAACACACACUCACACGCAUAUACACACACACACACACGCACACACUGGCAGCCUUGUGGAAACAUGGGUCUAACUACACUCACUUUAUAUAUACUCAUUCUCAAAACUUGACAUGUGUUUCUUCCCACUGCACUAAAGUGCUCCAGUAUACAGUACAUCUGCUGUACAGUCCAUUUUAUGUUUGUGAAGACACUAGUGUGUCGGUGAAUUGAAUUGUAUACUGUUAACUAAUUAAUCUAACUAAAUAAAAGUCCAUUAAACAUUGUUAGAUAAUUA